AUGGCUAUUGAUGUCGUCGGGUUCUCAAGGAUGGACGAUCGGACGGCCAUGGAGGAAGCAGCCUCCGCCGGCUUGCAGAGCAUGGACCACCUGAUCCGCGUCCUAUCGAAUCAAAACCCAUCCCAAACCCAAACCCAAACCCCCCUCGACUGCCGAGAAAUCACCGACUUAACCGUCUCCAACUUUAAGCAGCUCAUCUCCGUCUUGAACCGGACCGGUCACGCUCGGUUCCGCCGCGGACCGGCCAAUCAAUCCUCCACCCCGGUCCAACCGGUCCAACCCAAGCCUCAGAUAACUUCGAGUGCUUUUUCUGUCCCUAAGUCCAACAACGACGACUCUCUCACUCUAUCCCCGCCAAUCUCCACAACGUCGUCGUUUUUGUCCUCCAUUACAAUCGGAGACGGCAGCGUUUCGAACGGUAAAGCCAUCUCGUCAAUUCUCGCGCCACCGGCGCCUUCUUUCUCAGCCGGGAAACCUCCUCUCUCCCAAUCUCACCGGAAACGGUGCCACGAUAACGACGUCGCAGCUAAAACGUCGUCGUCCGGCCGCUGCCAUUGCUCUAAAAGAAGGAAGUCUAAGGUUAGGAGGACGAUUAGAGUGCCGGCGAUUAGUUCAAAAAUCGCCGAUAUACCUUCGGAUGAAUUCUCCUGGAGAAAGUAUGGUCAAAAGCCGAUCAAGGGCUCGCCUUACCCGAGAGGGUAUUAUAAGUGUAGCAGUGUGAGGGGGUGUCCAGCGAGGAAACACGUGGAGAGAGCACAAGACGACCCCACUAUGCUCGUCGUUACUUACGAAGGCGAGCACCGUCACCCUCACCCUUCCAUCACAGCCGGUUCUGUGGGCCUUGUUUUCCAGUGA